CUCUGGCAACGGACCCACAAUUGAGAAUGUGUCUUUGGGUUGUAUCGCGACCCGUGAGGUUAAAUCAGACGAGCCAGGUGAUUCUCAGUUCGGCGCGCAUCACCAGAAACCAUGCGGAUACCCAGACAUCAGGACUCCGGAUUCAAAUGCGAGGAGCUGGGUAUGCACACACACUCAAAGAGGAGACCGGGUCCGGUUGAUGGUCAGAUGUUGUCAUGAGCCCUUCUGCUGAUGGGAACCUGUGCGUAAAAGCAGAACCUGGAUCUCAGAGACGCGCGUCAUGGCCAUAAAGUUGAUAUUUAUACUCGGAUUUCUUUGCUAAUAUUUACGUGCGAAGUGAUAUUACGGAUAGAGCCGUUUGAAUUAAAUGAACACUUUUUAGGGAGAUCAUUCGUGGACUGGAGUUUGCGCGCUCGCGUCUCGCCAAACACUCAAGCGCAAGGAUUAAUCUAAUACCUGCUAUCCACAGCUGAAAGAUGGAUAACGUGCCACAUUUUCUGGCUAUAUAUGUACUCAUUUUCUCCCUCGGAUUCAGGAUAGAAGAAGGGAUGUGCCAACAUUACUACCUCCUCCGUCCCAUUCCCAGUGACAGUCUGCCCAUAGUGGAACUCAAGGAGGACCCAGAUCCCGUGCUGGACCCAAAGGAGAGGGAUCUGAAUGAAACCGAACUCAGAGCCAUACUGGGCAGUCACUUUGACCAGAACUUCAUGUCCAUCACUCCUCCUGAGGACAAAUACACAGGACAGGACGACCUGAACGAAUCAGAGAUCAUGAAACAGCGUCCCACCGGCACCAUGCCCAAAGAAAUCAAAGCCAUGGAGUUUGAAAUCCAGCAUGGGAAGAAACACAAGCCCAGUAAGAAACUCAGAAGGAGACUUCAGCUGUGGCUGUGGUCCUAUGCCUUCUGCCCGGUGGUGCAUUCAUGGCAGGACCUGGGGAACAGAUUCUGGCCCCGCUAUGUGAAGGUUGGCAGCUGCUACAACAAAAGGUCUUGUUCAGUUCCAGAAGGGAUGGUUUGCAAACCUGCCAAAUCGACCCAUUUUACGGUUUUGAGGUGGAGGUGCGUGCAAAGAAAGAGUGGGCUCAAAUGUGCAUGGAUACCAGUUCAGUACCCCAUUAUAUCAGAGUGCAAAUGCUCCUGCCCGAACUGAAAUAAGCUACAUGCUCAUCUUCACAUGCACUGUUCAGUGUAGGAAUGUAUAUUUGAUGUAUAUGUGGUGCCAAUUUAGGUUACACUUUACAUUGGUGUUCAUGUUACUGUGCAAUUACAUAAGAAAGUACUGUGUAAAACGGAUGAACUACAUGUACUUUGUGUGUAAUUAUUUUGUGGAGCUGCUUGUAUUACAUAUUGUUAUUACAAUAUAAAUUAAUUAUAGUAAAAUGUUUAACAUGGACACUGCAAUGUAAAGUGGUACCAGAUGAUUUUGUAAAAAGAAAGGUCAGUAUUUGCCUAUAAUAAUCAGUGUCUACUGUAAUUGUUGAGCAUUAUUUGGUUGUAAUGUAACUUUAUACAUAUUUAUGUUGAAGAUCAUUUCGCAUUGCGAAAAAUCAAAGUCCGUUUAUUGAAGGAAUUCCAAGCUUUUUCCAUUAUUCGGAAAAAACAAAACAAAAAACUUUAUCUUUAUACACCUCAGAUGGGAGAAUAGAGAUUACAGUCUUGGUGUGCUGUAAAUAUAAGGGGAAUGGAAAAUAACUGCUUAUGUAAAUUAAAAGAAACUUCUAUUUAUUCUUUAUGUUCAUGUAGUCAAAAUGCAUUUAAAAUAAAACCACUAAAAAUGGCAUUGUUUUUGCUUAUUUCA